AUGGUUCGUGGCAUGAUUUUGAAAACUAAUUUGCCUAAGAGUCUAUGGGAUGAAGCAAUCAAAACAGCAAAUUACAUACUUAAUAGAGUGCCCAGCAAGUCUGUGCCUAAGACACCUUUCGAAAUUUGGACUGCAAGAAAGCCUAGCCUGCGACAUCUUCAUGUAUGGGGUUGCAAGGCUGAAGCUAGAAUCUAUAACCCUCAAGAGAAAAAGCUCGAUCCUAAAAUGAUUAGCUAUCAUUUUAUAGGUUAUCCCGCAAGGUCAAGGGGUUUUAGAUUUUACUGUCCAAAUUAUGGUACUCGAAUUAUUGAGAGUGGUUGUACAAAGUUUAUAGAGAAUGAGGAGAAUGCCACUGGGAAUGAAGAUUUUGUUUUUGAAGAAAAAAGUGAUGUAGCUGUGAUUGAGAAUGCUGAGCAAGAUGUUACACCAUUGAUUCCUUUAAGUGAAAUUGUAUUGGAAAAUCCUCAGUUUGAAGAACCAUUUGAACCACAUGAACAAGCUGUUGAGAAUCCUGAGCUAGAUAAUCCACAGGAACCAGUACAAGCAAGGAGAUCUGACAGACCAAGAAGAUCCAUAACAAAUUCAGAUUAUAUGUACUUACAAAAAGCAGAUUUUGACAUUGGAGAUGAGGCUGACCCACAAGUUUUAAAGAGGCAAUGGAGAGUCAUAAUGCAAACAAAUGGAGGAAAGCGAUGUUGA